AUGUAUUCCUCAUUACGACCAGUUGAUUUACUUGAUCAAAAGCAAUUUUUUGAUUUACAUUUGAUACUUGAUAAUAAAUUAAAAAAAUUAGCUGAAGUUGGUAAAGGCAUAAACAAGGGAUCUUCAGCUCUUACUAUUGAGGAAU